AUGCAAGAAUCCUGGUUAGAUUUGAACUUUCACAAGGAUCUGAAUGUUCAAAUUGAUUUUGACCGGGAAGUACGGACUCCACCCCGACCUUGUGGGCUAACAUAUAUACCGCCUGCUACCGAAGUUUCGUCAAUUGGUCUCUCAAUUCCUUACAGCAGCAUGAAAUUCCUGAUCGUACUCAGUGCCGUAGUGGCCUGCAGCUUGGCGAAGGCUAGCCUCGGCUACAGCGCCCUCGGAGGACUGGUGGCCGCCCCCGGGCUCCUCGCCGCCCCAGGCGUCAUCGCCCCAGGACUGGCCGCCCACAGCCUGGCCUACGGCGCUCCGCUCUCCUACGCCGCCCCCUUGUCUUACGCCGCUCCCCUCUCCUACGCUGCCGCCCCAGCCAUCGCUGCUGCUCCAGUCGUAGCCGCCCGUGCUGCCAUCGCUGCUCCAGUCGCCGUUGCUGCUCCAGCAAUCAAGACCCAAUACCACGCCCAGGACGAGCACGGUAACACCGCUUUCGGACACUCCGAACCCGGCCAAACCCACAGCUCCGUCCAGGACGCUCAUGGAAACCGCGUCGGAAGCUUCAGCUACUUGAACCCCACCGACGGACAGGUGCACAGGACCGACUACGUCGCCGACAGCUUGGGCUACAGGGUAGCCGCUAACGACCUCCCCUUGGGCCCUGCCGCCCCCAUCGCCGACACCCCCGAGGUAGCCAUCGCUAAGGCCGCCCACCUCGCCGCCCACGGACGUGCCCGCAGGAGCCUCCUCACCACCCCCGCCUCCACCGCCCCACUCGCCACCCCCCUCGUCUACGCCGCUCCCGCUGUCUACGCCUCUCAUGCUGCCUACGCCGCCCCCAUCCACGCCCCAAUCGCCGCUCCACUUGCCGCCCGUGCCAUCGCCUCACCAGUCCUCGCUUCUCCCUAUGCUGCUCACCUCGGCCUCCCAGCUACCCUCACCACCAUCGUCAACAACCCCGGACAUGCUGUCUCCUACAGGAUCGACUGAACGUAUAUAGGAUGAAGUGAGACCAGAGCUUACGAGACCAAAGUUGGGUUUCACCUUCUACCUAUAAUGUGUUAAUAGGUUCUAAAUAAAUUUGUUUAAUUUAUAAACUAACAGAAUGAUUUUCAUAUUCCCUCUUCCCUUAUCAGAAACAG